CCGAGGACGUGGACGACGUGGUUUGCGCCUUCUUGCCGGACCCCGCAAUCGACAGGCGCUUACACGACUGCGUCAAGUCUCACAUGAUCCACGGGCCGUGUGGAACAGUCAAUCCACAGUGUCCGUGCAUGGUGGACAACAAAUGCUCCAAAGAUUUCCCGAAAGCGUACGCAGAGGAGACUGUGUACGUUGCGGACGGCGGAUAUCCAAAGUACCGCCGACCGGAUGACGGCCGGGUGGUACUUGUGAGAGGUCGUGAGGUUGGUAACGAGUGUGUAGUGCCGUACAACCCUUACCUUCUGGCCAAGUAUGACGCGCACAUCAACGUCGAGAUAUGCACGUCCAUAAAGAGUGUCAUGUAUAUCUACAAGUAUAUAUACAAGGGACACGACCGUGUGACGUUGGAAGUUCAGGACCAGGAUGAGAUUGCCAAGUGA